AUGUCAAAUUAUUUGGAUAUAGAUGCCAUUGAAAAUGCAUCGGAGUUAUUGAACUCAACGUUGCAGUCAAAGGGGUAUAUCAGUACUCCGCUACUUUUCAAUUCAAUUAACUGGAACGAUCUCGUAACCGAUGACAAUUUGAAAAAUUUAGAAAUCACCGAAGAAAUUUAUAAUAACGAUAAAAAUUUCAUUAAUAUAAUAUACUCGUUACAAAAAUCUAUUGAGAGACAUCAAUCGCAAUCUAAGUCGUUUAACAAAAUGAUCAUGAGUAAAGAUUCCAAAAUCGAAAGUCUUAGUAAACAAGUUGAAUCAUUACAAGCCAAACUAAAUGAUUUACAACUGAAAAAUAAUCAAUUUGAAGCGAUUGAUAAAAAUCAAUUGCAAAUCAAAAUCCACGACUUGAACAAGUUGAAUAAACUACAGAAUAAUGACUUGGUCAAGUUGAAAAAUUGGUGUAACGAUUUGAAAAUAAAGUAUAACGUUGAAUUGAAACGAAAAAAUAUUGAAAUAUCUCAAUUGAAAAAUCAAAUUCUAGAAAAUAGAAAAUUAUCAAAUACCGAUAUCAAUUCCAAUCUUAUACUCGAUAACGACCCAAUCAUCGAUAAUUCAGGGCCUCAGCAAGAUUCCUCGAAUGCGGUCAUUGAACAGCAUGAGGACAUCUUGAAUCAGUUAACUGAUCUAAUUACAAAAUUAAUGAAGGAAAACUCUAAAUUUUCAAAAUUUAUUAAAAUACUCAAUGAAUACAUUUCGAAUUUAAAUUUACAAAUCUUCAAUAAGAAUUCCCAAAAUUUGAAUCUCAUCAAUUUGACUAAUCCGUCUAAAAUCAUUGACUUGAAUCAAAUUGUGAAUGACGACUCCGACGAACUUGAAUCUUUUGAAAUCUUAUCUAAACCGUUGAUCAAUAACGUUUAUAAAAACUUCCAUUAUUUGAAUGAUUUGAUCAAUUCGAUUGAUUCUCAAAUCGACUCGACUUCAUCUGAUCCAACAAUCUCAAAAUUAAGACAAGAAAAUGAUAUUCUUUAUUCCAAUUGGCAAUCGGCAAUAAAAGCCUUGGAGGAUUGGAAAUCUUAUGAGCAAUUCAAAUCAAACUAA